AUGGCAGACACACCCACAUCGCUGGUACUGAAGGACUAUGUUAACCACGAGCUGGUGCCCAUCCUCACAAUGGAUCCGAAUGGCGCCCGCCUGGCCCCCGCCCCCGCCUACACGCCCGCCCCCACAUCAGCGGUAAUUCCCGGUUCGGGGGAGGUGACCACGCCCGGAAAUAGCUGCAUCGCCCAUGGCAGCGAUCCGGGAUUGGGCUACUCCUCGCUGAGCAGUCCGCUCCUCGACGUCCUGACCACGCCCACUGGGGCCAACGCCUCCGGGGUCUAUACACUCGCCGAGGAAACGGAACUCGAACUCCAGGAGACACAGGUGGACAGGGAGCGCAUCUGAAAUAAAGAAAAGGCCAACGACGACAAGUAUUCACUCGACGGAUCAGUAUUAGUUAGCGAUUAGCCUUAGACAUAGUCAUAAAACCCUAGAUCGAAUCGGUAUAGUGUGUAAAGUGUAAUGAGUACUGUUUUUUUUGUUUUUUUUUUCCUGCCCCUCCAAGAAUAGUGCGUGGGUGUAUAUGACCUAAGGAUAAUAUGUGUGUAUGUGAAUGUGUAGGAGGGAGACUUUUCACCUCCAAAAAGAAAACAAAAACCAAACCGCGUCCCGUUGGACCAGCAAAAAGAUCGUAGUCUAAGUCGAACUAUCACUGUACAUACUAUAUAUUGCAGCCGCGGCGAAGAUACAUUUCCAUAGCUCCUAAGCAGAUCAACCGAUUGUAAACAGUGACCCCAAAAAAAGAUAACUAGUCAAUGUAGUGAAAAACACAAACCCAUGAAUCCAAAAUAAGAAUAGCUGUCAUACUUAAAGUGAACAGAGCAGCAAAAAGGAAGAAAAAUAACCGAUUUGGAGAGAUGAGAUGGUAAUAGAUGUUGAAGGACUUAAGUCUUUGGGGUUUUUAAACCUUUCGGCUGAUUUCCUAGUUGUAAUAAAUUUUAGCAUACUUUUAGUGAUUUUGUAUUCAUCGAAAUACUUUUUACCACAAUAACUUAAGCUUAAAAGUCUAUUUUUAAUUGAUGUGCAAAGUUAUUAAAAGUAUCAAUAAUUUUGUAACAGUUUUUGUAUAUAUUUUUGAAUUUGAAUUGAAUUUGAAUAUGCGUCCAAAACUUGCGGCUUAAAAACACUUUUGGAGUUCCACUGCCUGAUUAGGAAAAUACAACCUUAAAUUUUGUUUAUGUAAAUUGUAAUGCAAAUUACAUUUUUAGCAAAACGUUAUCAUUAAAAAUGUAAGGUUAUAUAUUCUUAGUCGGGGAAUAUUUAUUUUUAAUUCCCCUAUUGCAUUAAUUCUGAUCAUCUCAACUCGAAAUUGCACCUUCUUAAUGUUCCAAUAAAUAGAAAAUUUUCCCCCUUUUUUAUGUGUGUAAGCAGGAAGAUCGAGAAAGCAACUACAUAAUCCGCAAUACCCAUACCUAAUUACGACACAUUUUAUACGUAAACCAAGCUUAGUAACAUUACAAAAUAUGUACUUAAUACGACAUAAAUAUGCUACACUUAAUAUAUACAUAUAUAUAAAAUUAAAUUUAGGUAAUUGUUUUUUUUUGUAUUUGUAAUAAGCAUAAAAGGGAUGAGAGGUAACUUAAACUAUGCAUACAUAUUAUCAAUGAAUUCGAAUUCAUAAAUUUAAAUAAAUGUUUGAAACUAAAGGAGGAAACUACGAAACGAAAAGAUAAAACACAAAACUUAAGUAACUUUGUAAAUGUUGAGAUAUACCCGAUUGUAUAUUAAUGACAAGUGCAGCGGUGAAAUAAAAUCAAUAAAAUCAUAAAUGAGUAAAGACGUUAAGGGCCAUCGU